CACGCUUAGAUCAAUUUACCUAUUUAUGAGUACUUGAUUUACCCAUAUUUGGGUAUUCCAAAUUUCACUCAUAUUAUGAGUAAAAUAUACUGAUAAUAUCGGUAAGUUUCACCCAUCUUGUUGAAGAGGAGACUUUACCAAUUUAUGAGUAAAUAAAUCUACUCAUAUUUGGGUGAAAAAAAUGACUUUGUUGUUUGUUGCUGUUUGUUGUUGUCAUGCUCCGAACACAAUCCGUGCUCCGAAAAAAAAAUUGCAAAUUGUUCCGUUCCGGCGAUUUGUGGAUCAAUAAAUGUAUCGAAUAAUCUUUCCUGCGAGUGGAGUCACAGCACAGCUAACUUGCCAUAUGCGACGGUGGACAGACCCCGACCCAGUCCAUCUUGUCUCUAACGCUCAUAUCCGCGACCCACGAAGAUGCGGAACCGAAUCCCAGUCCUCCUUGCUACUCAUCCCUCAAUCAACAGUUUUUUACGGGCACGUCCAAUUUGAUUGUUGCAUCAGGAGGCAAGAACCGAAGUUCAUUCAUCGGGUUCUUUCAAUUGCCCGGAGCAUCUUGUUGAAGUCCAGCGUGUUGUGUGGGCUAGCAUCUAGCACGUUCAUCAUCGACACCAACGAAUCCAGCUGCAGUGGAGAGCGUACACCUGUUGUGGAAGCCCCAUAUCCUGUUAAAAGAAAUGCAGUCUGCCGGAACGAGAUGACAUCCAGCUCACGGAUACUCAAACCUGAUACUCUACCUGAUUUGCAAGCCAGCGAUGCCCGUCUAAUCAGAAAACUUCGCAAGCAACAUGUCAAACUGGGCAGAAACGAUCAUAGAAUCAGAUUCCACCCACAUCCCGAGUUUGUGUUUGCAAACUUCGCGGAUUGUGCUAUUCUAUCUACUUCGGCACCAUCCAAAGAGUAUGACGAUGGGUAAAAUUGAAGACACCGCAUACGAAGAUGACGUCGCAGGUGAAAAUGGUACAGCAGUUAUGGACGCAAUUGUAUUGCUAAUGGACCUGGUGGUGGAACCGCUGAUACUGGGUCGAGUCAAAGCGGUCGAAUGGAAGUACGUCGUUUAGGAGGAAUAGGCCUAAGUUAUGCUAAAGAUCCAACUCCGGGCAGACAACGACGUAGUGGCAACGAUCACGGGAUGUAUCUUAGUAUUGACGAGAUCUAAACGAUAUAGAUUUCGGAUUGGCACGGAGGAAACAGUUACCAUUUCAAUAAUUACAACGAUCAUGUAUCUCAACACGAACGUCGUCGAAACGAGAAUGGGCCUAUUCCUUGGAAUAUUCCUUAAACUUCCAUUUCUGCCAAUGCAGCAACCGUAAAUGUACUUGGUAUACCAACGGGGCCGAGGGUGUAAUACCUGUCGCUCACCGGUACUCAAACAGUUGUGGCUCCUUUUGAUUGCGGUUCGCAGAUUGUUAUAUAGCAGCAGCCGUUCCUCAGCAUAAUCCGCGUAGUCAUGAACGUAUCGAUAAGAGGAACCGGAUAAAAAAUCCUUCACUAAUGCGAAAUUUAAAUCAAGUUUGUAUUUUAUGAAUAAUGAUUGUCAUUGUUAUAAUAAUUUAAUAAAUUUGGAUGGUAUUGUGCUCAUUUAUUUGAUUUAAUUCAAAUUUCACAAUUGAAUUCUAAUUUCAAUAUAUUAUUAUGCAAUAAAAAAAAUAAAACAUUACCCAAAUUUGCGUAAAAUUUACCUAUAAUCGCGUGUUUUCAAGUACCCAUAUAUGGGUAAACUCGAGGUUAAGUCAGAUUACUCAUAUAUAGGUAAAUUCAACUUUAC